ACAAAACCAAAACAACUGACUGUCGAGCGCUUAGACAAAACAAACAUAAACAAAGUCUCUAGCUAAAAUAAUCUGAAAAUACGACAGACAAUUACAUCAAACUCUUUAUUGACGUUAUGAACUGUUUCUUUUUCUCUGUCAAGUUUCGCCUCUGUUGAGCAUCAUCAUGUUGAGAAGUAUAAGCGAUGGUAGACUGCAGAGCCCCUUAAUUCUCUUCGUAGAUAAUGGCCCUGAGCUUUACCCUGGAAAACAGUAUGGCCCGUUUAGUUCUCUUGUUGAUGAGGACUCUGACAGUUCAUCCAUGUUUUUGUCUGUAAUCAAAUCGUAUGUUAAAGGCUCUGAACGGGCCACUCAUGUAUUAUGUUGGCAGAGAAAAACAUCUCAACAUUUGGAAACGUUGCAAAAACAAUUUCCUUCGAAGCUUAUCCUUCACGAUUGCCUUUCAGAUUUUAAUGGUUGGAUCGAUCAAGGUCGUCACCAAUCACACUUAUUUAGUAUAAUUGAUAAUUCAAUAUCAGAAGAUACUAGAGAAAUAAAUAUUGUCAUUGAUUCUCUGUCAAACCCCUUGUUUACUAUUGGUUUUGGCUCCUGCAUUCAAGAUUUACAGAAGAUUGUGAACUUUGGUUCUAUUAAUGGUAUCAAAGUUCACCAACUACUUUGCCUUGUCAAUGCAAAUCUAGUUCCCUUUGGACCAGCAUCAAUCUUGCAUUUGAAACACAUAGCAAGUACAGUGGUUGAAUUGAAAUGUCAUGUAGCCAGCAUCACUCACCGUAAACCAGGAGGUCAUAUAGAAAAGAAGGAAGAAAAAUAUGCCAUCCUAUCAGAGGGAGAAAUCAGCAUUGAACCUCUCAGAGCAUCAGCAUUGACUGAAAUUAGGCAUACUGAGGAAAAGCCAUCAACACUACCUCAAGAUGUGGCCAGUUUCCGAGUUGGCUUGAGUGACAAGGAAAAAGAAGACAGAAGCAAGCUGGUGCUACCAUACAUGCGGACUAGUGAUACGCCCCAAGAAAUUGAAGAUGGCGGUGGUAAAGUGUUUUACCAGCCAGAUGCUGUUGAUGAUUGGGAUGAUGAAGAUCCUGAUGAUGAUUUAGAUAUUUAGUUGUUUUGUUUUUAUGGAGCAAUUGUGUAUUUCAGAGUUAAAACAGAAAUAAAUCACCCUGUACAAAACAUGA